GUUGUCACUGUCUCCACACUCGGCUGAUUCGGUUGUGCUAAGCGGUGGUCGCAUUGAGUUUAAUUUAAAUUAAAAUGAAUGAAACAACUGAAUCAGUUUCAGCUUGGUUAACCAAGGAAUACUUCGAGACAAUUUUGCGGGAAUACAAAAAAGAUGAAGGACUUGUUGUAACGAAUAUUAAUGCCAGUACCGGAUCAUCAAAAGGUGAUAGUUUCAUUAGCACCAUGACCCGUUUUAAAGUGGAAUUUCUAGCGUCUAACUGCAGGGAGCCACGUCAGGAGUUUUACAUUGCAAAAACUAGUUAUGAAGGUGAUCCAGUCAUUGCAAGAAUUAUGAAAGAAUUCGACGUUUACAACAGAGAAAUGAUUAUGUACAAUCAGAUUCUACCGGAGAUGGCGGCACUACUGGUGGAGAUAGGAGAUUAUGACAAGCUCUUUGCGGAAACAAUACAUGUGGAUUUCGUACGAUCAGCUAUAAUUUUCGAGGAUUUGUCGGUGUCAGGUUUUGUAGUGGCUGACCGCAUAGCCGGGCUGAAUGAAUCACAAGCACGGCUAGCAUUGACGAAGCUGGCAAAAUUUCACGCCACUGCCGCCGUUUUUAACGAACGUAUGCCAGGGAUUUUGACAAAUUUGCAAGGAGGUUUCCUCAGGCGUACAACCCGCGCUUUUGAACCUUUCUUCCGGGGCAUGCUUGAGGUAUGUGCGAAUUUUGCGGAUUGUUGCGAAGAAUUGGGACCUUACUACAAAGAUAAAUUACUCAAACUGAGACCCCACGUAUUCGAGUACGCUGUGCGGAGUUUUGAUCCCAAGGACGGGCAUUUUUUCACACUUAUUCAUGGCGACAUUUGGGCCACUAAUAUAAUGUUGUUAUCUGAGACCAAUGGCGAACAAUUUGACACAAAGAAAGUUAAGGAUGCACGAUUAAUUGAUUUUCAAUUUAGUAACUGGUCAUCGCCAGCCGUGGAUUUACAUUAUCUAAUAAACACUUCAUUUGAAAACCAUUUGCGUUUACAUUGCCAGGACGAGUUAAUACAAUAUUACCACGAUAUUUUAACCAGCACAUUACAUAAGUUAACAUAUGGUGGGCAUAUUCCUUCCCUUCACGAGCUCUGUAUACAACUGGAAGAGCGACGUUUUUACGCUUUUACGUCAUCUAUAGUAAACCAACCAUUGCAGAUCAGUGAAAAUACUGCAGAUUCAGACCUUAAUAGCUUAACCGAAGUUAAUGAGCGUUCCAGAAAUUUUUAUAAAGUAUUGUAUAGCAAUACAAAGGUGCAAAGUACAGUUAAAGUACUGUUACCGUAUUUCGAUCGUAAAGGACUUCUAGAUGUGUCCGAUUAGUUUUAAGUCCGUCAAAUGUUCCAGGAAAGGUAGUUUUGUACAACUAAUAAUACUAUGUCAGUGAUAGGCUUGCGAUUAGGGGCAAUAACAUACUAUAAAUAUAUUCAAGUACAAGCAUUUGCGAUUACACACUUAGUAUCGGCAUUCUAAUAUUAAUAUAUCUUCCUAUUACGAAUAUUUGCCAACGAUUCUAACUACAUAAUUUGCAUAAACUGAUCUCUAAAAUUUUUAAUUGUCAUAUAUUUACAUAUAUACAUAAUUCAUGAGGACAAACAAUAGUUAAUAGUAGAAUGUUUUUGUAUGUCGAACGAAGUUCUCAAGUAUUUCAUACUUACAAAAUUGUUUGUUUUCUGGGAGAACGAGUCAUAUGUAAAAAAUGUAUGCAUUGGGUUUAGUCAAAUUUAGGUUCCUAAAUCGAAAUCUCAAAAUUGAGGUUGCUGAAAACGCGCACCAAUAAUGAGUAAAAAAAUGGGCAAAAUAAAAAUGUUCUUCUAAGUUUGAUCCUUGAUUUUGUAGUUUAAAAAAUGCUGGCAAAACUUUUUAAAAUUUGAUAUACAACUGUUUGGUUUAUAUGCAUAUUUCUUAUCAUUCAAAAAUACAUAAUUUUUCGAUUUAGAGAUUUUUACUUAAAAUAUUCAUACAGUCAUUAUAGAAAUACACGUACCAGGAGAAAGGUCAAUUAAUCGCAUUCACAACCAUUCCAAUUCCAAAAUUUUGACCAGUAAUAGGUAUAUUUUUGAUUUUUUAGAAAGAAUAUACUGUUUUUAUAUGAGCCUAAUUUCGAAAUUCGGAGACAAAUAUUUUGAUUUUGGGAACUAAUUGCGAAAAACGGAGAAUGUAAUUUUUUACUUCGACUCAAUCUCCUGGUGCAUUUAAUUGCUCGGGUUAAAUUUAAAAGUUUUUAAGUUCAAAAAUACUCCAUACAUGAACAAAUCUCUUUCGUGAUAUGAACAUAAUAUAAAAUUAACUUACAAUGUGUGAGAUCCAUCUUAAAAAAAUUUAAUUGAAAUAAUAAAUUUGAUUUGAAAAACACGA